CGGAGGGCGAAGGCAGGAAGAGGAGAGAGGUGAUCGUCGUUGGGGCAGAGCGGGAGAGACCAUGUCCGGGAGGCCCAGGACCACCUCCUUCGCGGAGAGCUGUAAGCCGGUGCAGCAGCCCUCAGCCUUCGGCAGCAUGAAAGUCAGCCGAGACAAAGAUGGCAGCAAGGUGACUACGGUAGUGGCAACCCCUGGACAAGGUCCGGACCGACCACAGGAAGUCAGCUACACAGACACCAAGGUGAUUGGAAAUGGAUCCUUUGGUGUUGUGUAUCAAGCCAAACUCUGUGAUUCAGGAGAGCUUGUGGCCAUUAAGAAAGUCCUUCAGGAUAAAAGAUUUAAGAACAGAGAGCUCCAGAUUAUGAGAAAGUUGGAUCAUUGUAACAUUGUCCGAUUGCGUUAUUUCUUCUACUCUAGUGGAGAGAAGAAAGAUGAGGUGUACCUCAACUUGGUGCUGGACUAUGUUCCUGAAACAGUAUACAGAGUUGCCAGACAUUAUAGUCGGGCCAAACAGACACUCCCUAUGAUUUAUGUCAAGUUGUACAUGUAUCAGCUGUUCCGGAGUUUAGCCUAUAUCCAUUCCUUUGGAAUCUGCCACCGGGAUAUAAAACCACAGAACCUCUUACUGGACCCUGAUACAGCUGUUCUAAAACUCUGCGACUUUGGAAGUGCAAAACAGCUGGUUCGUGGAGAACCCAAUGUGUCGUACAUCUGCUCUCGGUACUACAGGGCACCAGAGUUGAUCUUUGGAGCCACCGAUUAUACCUCCAGUAUAGAUGUGUGGUCAGCAGGCUGUGUAUUGGCUGAACUGUUACUAGGACAACCGAUCUUUCCAGGUGACAGUGGUGUGGAUCAGUUGGUGGAAAUAAUCAAGGUUCUGGGAACGCCUACAAGGGAGCAAAUUAGAGAAAUGAAUCCAAACUAUACUGAAUUCAAAUUUCCUCAGAUUAAGGCACAUCCAUGGACUAAGGACUCGUCAGGAACAGGACAUUUCACCUCAGGAGUACGGGUCUUCCGGCCCCGCACUCCCCCCGAAGCAAUUGCGCUAUGUAGCCGCCUGCUGGAGUACACCCCCACCGCCCGCCUGACUCCCCUGGAGGCCUGCGCGCACUCUUUCUUCGAUGAACUACGGGACCCAAACGUCAAGUUACCAAACGGGAGGGAUAAACCUGCACUCUUCAAUUUUACCACUCAAGAACUGUCAAGUAACCCAACUCUGGCUUCGAUCCUCAUCCCUGCUCAUGCCCGGAACCAAGCAGCUGCUUCAACCCCUACAAAUGCUACAGCAGCCUCAGAUGUUAACGCAGGAGAACGAGUUCAGACCAAUAGUGUAGCUACAGCAUCAGCCUCCAACUCCACCUGAACCAGUACCAAGCAGCCAGCUGCACAGGAAAAUUCACCAGUAAUUUGAGUCUUGCUCAGCAACACUGGUCACAUUUGGAAAGAAAAUUAAAAAGAGGAAAAACAAAAUCCAACAAAACAACAAACCAACCAACCUGUUCAUUUUAGUGUUCAAU